AUGGCCAGAACGUGCCCCGAUAUUCCCCAGGAUGGUCAGAACGUGCCCGAUAUUCCCCAGAAUGGCCAGAACGUGCCCGAUAUUCCCCAGAAUGGCCAGAACGUGCCCGAUAUUCCCCAGAAUGGCCAGAACGUGCCCGAUAUUCCCCAGAAUGGCCAGAACGUGCCCGAUAUUCCCCAGAAUGGCCAGAACGUAGGUGCCUUACAGCGAACUAAAGCAGUGGAACAGGCAAGUCAGUCAGACGAGUCGAAGUGCCUAAGGUCCCCGGGCGACCCCACGAGCCAAGGCGGUCAGUGUCGACCACAUCUUCGCGUUGAUAAGAGGUGGAUAUGUCGACGUUACGCGCCGGUCCUGGUCUUUGACACAACUCCGAAAGUCUUUGAAACAACUUCGAGAGUCAUUGACACAACUUCGAGAGUCUUUGACACAACUUCGAGAGUCUUUGAAACAACUUCGAGAGUCUUUGAAACAACUUCGAGAGUCAUUGACACAACUCCGAGAGUCUUUGACACAACUCCGAAAGUCUUUGAAACAACUUCGAGAGUUUUUGACACAACUUCGAGAGUCUUUGAAACAUCUUCAGUCUUUGAUUCACCUUCGAGAAGCGGCACUUACAGGUUUAACAAGACUACACUACUGGAAAUACAUUGCAGAGUAUUGGCUUCACAGUCUCUAGAACCAAGUGCGAGAACGGGUUGGUCAAACCACAGAGAUCAAACCACAGAGAUCAAACUACAGAGGUCAAACCACAGAGAUCAAACCACAGAGAUCAAACCACAGAGGUCAAACCACAGAGAUCAAACUACAGAGGUCAAACCACAGAGAUCAAACCACAGAGGUCAAACCACAGAGAUCAAACCACAGAGAUCAAACCACAGAGGUCAAACCACAGAGAUCAAACCACAGAGAUCAAACCACAGAGGUCAAACUACAAAGCUCAAACCACAGAGAUCAAACCACAGAGAUCAAACCACAGAGAUCAAACCACAGAGAUCAAACCACAGAGGUCAAACUACAAAGCUCAAACCACAGAGAUCAAACCACAGAGAUCAAACCACAGAGGUCAAACCACAGAGGUCAAACCACAGAGAUCAAACCACAGAGAUCAAACCACAGAGGUCAAACCACAGAGAUCAAACCACAGAGGUCAAACCACAGAGGUCAAACUACAAAGCUCAAACCACAGAGAUCAAACCACAGAGAUCAAACCACAGAGGUCAAACCACAGAGGUCAAACCACAGAGAUCAAACCACAGAGAUCAAACUACAAAGCUCAAACCACGGAGAUCAAACCACAGAGAUCAAACCACAGAGAUCAAACCACAGAGAUCAAACCACAGAGGUCAAACCACAGAGAUCAAACCACAGAGGUCAAACCACAGAGAUCAAACCACAGAGGUCAAACCACAGAGGUCAAACUACAAAGCUCAAACCACAGAGGUCAAACCACAGAGGUCAAACCACAGAGGUCAAAGUGCAGAAGAAAACAACACAGCCAAUAGUCUAGGACCAAAUACAUAA